AUGAAGUGCUUAGUCUGGAAUGUCAGAGGCAUGAAUGCCUCAACUAAACGGCUGGGGAUUAAGAAGGUGUGCAAAGAUCAUCAGGCUAAAUUGGUAUGUCUACUGGAAACAAAGGUUAAGGUGGAUAAUUGUGGUGCUAUUUUUGAUAAUUUUAUUCUAGAUUGGAAGUAUGUGCACAAUGGUGAGAUUGAUAAUACUAUUCGGAUUUGGUUGGGCUCUGAUCCGAGUUUUUUUAAUGUUGAAGAAAUUCAAAAAACUAAGCAGUUUAUUCAUGCCAAGGUGUCGAUUAUGGGAACUGCUGGCUCUUUCCUUUGCACUAUAGUUUAUGCUCUCAAUACUGUGGUAGGCCAGAAGGAUUUGUGGGAGGAUGUGGGAAGUCUUGCUAGUGCUAUUGCUACUCUAUGGGCUAUCUUAGGGGAUUUCAAUGUUAUUCGGAAUCAUAAUGAGAAAAUUGGUGGGGACCCGGUUCGGUUUGAGGCUAUUGAUGAUUUCAACACUUUUAUUGAAGACUCUGGGCUGAUUGACUUGAAGUGGAAAGGGGAAGCUAUGACUUGGAAUAACAGGCAAAGUGGUGAUGCUAGAAUUCGCUGUAAGCUAGACAGGGUGAUGGUAAACUUGGCUUGGAUGGAUGUUUUCAUAACUUCAGAGGCUAUUUUUCACCCUCCUGGUCUCUCUGACCACUCUCCUGUAGUGGUGGUUGUGUUAGAUGAGGUUAAUUUUGACCCUAAACCUUUCUGGCAGAAUAGGAAGCAUAUUCUCGAGAUUAAAGGGGAAGGAGGUGAAAUUGUUAAGGAUCCUAGCCAGAUCAAAGAUGAAGCUGUCUCUUUCUACAAGAAGUUGUUUGGAUCUGAUUCGGUGGAUGGUGGUUGUUUUCCCAACUCGGUCCCCUUGCAGAAUGGCCUAUUUGACUCUAGCAGUGAAAUGGUUCUUCAGUAA